AUGGGAGCUUGCGACUGCGAGCCAGGUGCCAAUGCCCUCGUCAGACUCUUUGUGGCACUUUACCCAUACAACCCUGCUGCAAUGUCCCCCAACUAUGAGAUGGCUGCAGAGGAGCUGCCUUUUGUGCCAGGCCAGUUAAUCAAGGUGUUUGGAGACAUAGACUCUGAUGGUUUCUAUCGGGGUGAGUCCGGGGGUCUCUCCGGUUAUGUGCCAAGCAACAUGGUGGCUGAAGUCCCAGUGGAUGAUGAGUACCUGAAGCAUCUACUCAUGCAGCAGGGAUUCCUCCCCAUGAACCACUCAGGUAUGUGUUUUAACCCGGAUAUGAGCGAAGUAGCCACUAUCUCUGAUGAUGUGGUCGUUCGACGAAUGGUGGCCCUGUUUGACUACGAUCCGUGGGAAAGUUCCCCUAACAUAGACAGUGAAGAUGAGCUUGGCUUUCGUUCUGGAGACAUCAUAUACGUGUUAGGUGACAUGGACCAAGAUGGAUUUUACUCUGGGGACCUGCACGGCCGACGAGGUUUGGUUCCUUCAAACUACUUGCAGCCACUACCAUGGAAUUAAUAGUAAAGGUCACACCAAGAUCUUACAAAUGCCAAGUGACAAACACAUUCAGAAUUUAGCAGUUUUGUUAUAGUAUACCAAUGCAACUGCUUCUAUGAUUUGCUUUAUUAGGUUAAUAUUUAAAUGAUUGAUCAAGAUGUUACAUGAACAAGGGAAAAGUUCCUGUCUUAACAAUUUUCAGAUAAUUGAUUUAUUGGCAAACAAAAAUGACAAAUCAUUUGCUGAAAAAAGAACAGAAAAAUACAAAUGACAUGCAUUUGAAAAAAUGAAACAAAUCUUUAUUCACAUUAUAUUUUGAUCUGCCUACAUUCACUUUGCUUUAACUUUAUGCACUUUCCCAAAAUAAGCCAAAAGUAUUAUAAAAAUAAAUGUUUAUAUACAUGUAUAUCUGUAAAUGUAAUUAUAAUUACAUAUCUGAUGGCAAUAUACAUUAUAUAUUAUAUUAGCCUUAAUAAUACACAUGUAUUCUCAGUUGAUUUGAAGACAAGAGUGUAUUUAUAUAGUAGCCAUGUUUGCCUUAUUCCCUGUUUCUAUCUUUUCUAUUAUUGGCUUUUAGUUUUUAUCGAAAAUAUCUAUGUUUGUAUACAAAUAUAUGUAUGUUAUCAAUGUAAGAACUGUGAAGCAGAAACUGAAA